UUUAACUUUCUCUCCGGGAAACCCCUCGGGACCACGCAGAGGACUUUCCAGGGGCGCACAGACUUCCAGUCAGCGAGUCCCGACGCGGAGAGAGUGUUUCCGAGAGAAGUAGAAGAAAGGAAGCUUUUUUAUUUCCCCUCCUUUUUAUUUUUGGGUCGUGGGUGACACUUUACAUUUCCACUCUUACUCUAGAGAUUUUAAACAUGAGCGAGCAGGUAGGGCUUCAGUUUCUUGCGCGAGGACACCUAACCGGGUCGCCCGCGUGCUGAUAGGACUCAUUGACUCCUGCUGGGAUCAAACCUGCAACCUUUUUUUAGUCGGAGCCCAGUCCCCUCCAGCCAAUAGACGGCUCUGCCACCCCGAGUCCUCCCACUACAACAACCUGUAUCACAUCUACAGUAUGGAUUACUGUACGUUUCACCUCCUGCAAAUCCAUUUUACAACUUUUCCCGGGGAAUGGAUUUAAUUUGGUCGAAGCUGUGAUACCCGCACGUCGCUUAUUAUGACUUUCAUCUUCACACGCCUUCCCGCCACACACUCGUUGGCUUAGUGUUAUCGUUUGACACGUUUCUGUUAAGGUUUCAGAUACCUUCGUACACUUAAAAAGAGUUGUAGCCUAAAUCUCGCCGGCUCUCAUGGGACUGAGGCAUUCGUCGCGUUGUUUGCUGCUACGGCGGAAGAUGGCGGAGGCGGACAGCUCGGAGCGGCAACAGCCUGUCACGUCCCCCCUCUCUCAGUCAGCCCAGCCCUCCCCACUGCCUAAACCAGUGCCUACUACCCACCAUGUGCCCUGCAUCCCCCAUACGCCUCAUGUAGCGGCCCUGGCCACCUGUCCGGGUCGAGGCAAGAUUGCCAAGUUCAUCAGCCCGGAGGAGAUGACAUCACGGGACUACUACUUCGACUCUUAUGCCCACUUUGGCAUCCAUGAGGAGAUGCUGAAAGACGAGGUGCGGACGCUGACCUACCGAAACGCCAUGUACCACAACAAGCAUGUGUUCAAAGAUAAAAUCGUCCUGGAUGUUGGUAGCGGCACAGGGAUCCUCUCUAUGUUUGCUGCCAAUGCCGGCGCCAAACACGUGUAUGGGAUUGAAUGUUCAAGUAUAUCUGAAUAUUCAGAGAAGAUCAUCAAGUCAAACCACCUACACAAUGUCAUUACCAUCUUCAAGGGCAAGGUGGAGGAGGUGGAGCUGCCUGUGGAGAAGGUGGACAUUAUCAUCUCAGAGUGGAUGGGCUAUUGCCUCUUCUACGAGUCCAUGCUCAACACCGUCAUCUUCGCCAGGGACAAGUGGCUGAAACCCGGAGGCCUGAUGUUCCCCGACAGAGCAGCUCUCUACGUGGUAGCCAUUGAAGACAGGCAGUACAAGGACUUCAAGAUUCAUUGGUGGGAAAACGUGUACGGGUUCGACAUGAGCUGCAUUCGCAAUGUGGCCAUCAAAGAGCCUCUGGUGGAUGUGGUAGAUCCCAAGCAGGUGGUGACUAAUGCCUGCCUCCUAAAGGAAGUGGAUAUUUACACUGUGAAGCCAGAGGACCUGUCCUUCACCUCAGCCUUCUGUCUGCAGAUCCAGCGCAAUGAUUACGUCCACGCCCUGGUCACCUAUUUCAACAUCGAGUUCACCAAGUGUCACAAGAAGACUGGCUUCUCCACUGCUCCAGAUGCUGCCAGCACACACUGGAAGCAGACAGUGUUUUACUUAGAGGACUACUUAACAGUCAAGAAGGGAGAGGAGAUCUUUGGCAGUGUUGCUGUCCGUCCCAAUGAGAAGAACGUGCGUGACCUGGAGUUCACCCUGGAGCUGGACUUUAAAGGACAACUUUGCGAGGCCGCCAUUUCCCACGACUAUAAAAUGCGUUAGGAGGACCAACAACCAAUCAA